AUGAUCAAAUUUGUAGCAGCACCACAUUUCAAUGUGAGUGCAAUGAUGUUUGCAGUCGACGUACUCUCACCUCCGAUUCAUAAGAAGCCCAUGAGCGCGAGCUCAUGGGCUGCCGGAUCAAGCGAUAAAUCGAAGCGUGAGCUCUGA